AUGCCGUCUGAGUUCGGUUUCCAUGUGGCUGAUUAUGUUGUAUUCGCCGGUAUGAUACUGAUUUCUUUAGGAAUAGGUGUGUAUUCCGCCUGUUCCGGGGGCGGACAGAAGACAACCUUGGAGUAUCUGGUGGGGAAUCGUCGACUGAAGAUGUUACCGGUCGCCGUUUCUCUUGUUGUUACAUUUGAAUCGUCCAUAUUGGUCCUCGGCUUCCCUGCUGAAGUUUACAUCUAUGGAGGCGAUCUGAUCUGGGCGAGUGUGGCAUUAAUGUUCACAAUACUUAUAGCAACACGGAUAGUUGUUCCCAUGUUCCACCCGCUUAAGCUUACAAGUGUGUUUGAGUAUUUUGAACUUCGAUACAAAAGCAAAGCACCCCGAACAUUGGGCACAGUCAUUGGAAUGUUGUAUUACAUUGUUUACAUGGGUAUCGUGCUUUACGGACCAGCCAUAGCUUUGGAGGCAGUGACAGACUUUCCAUUCUGGGCCUCUGUCUUCACCGUAGCAGGGACAGCCAUCAUUUAUACUUCCAUUGGCGGACUCAAGGCGGUCGUGUGGACGGAUGUAUUACAAUGUCUGAUCAUGACCAUAGGCAUGAUUGCUGUAAUUAUAAAGGGUACGAUGGAUGUAGGAGAUUUUGGAAAGGUCUUCCAAAUUAAUUACGAGAAUCUUAGACUGAACUACAUAAAUUUUGAUCCCGACCCGACGGUUCGUCACACUUUCUGGUCACUAUUUAUAGGGUCAGUCAUUGGUUUGUUUGGAAUGGCAUUCAACCAAGCAACAGUUCAGCGGAUCAGCUCGGUCAUGACCCCAAAGGAAGCCAGGAAACUUCUCUAUUUCGCCGGUCCCGUGUACUUUUUAUUCGGCCUAAUUGUAAAUAUAGAAGGGCACGUGAUGUUCGCCUACUUUAACUUUGUCGGUUGUGAUCCCGUUGAGGCUGGUGUCAUCCGAAACGCGAACCAGUUAUUACCUUAUAUGGUAGUGAGGGUGUUCCAUGGAUUUCCUGGACUCGCCGGGUUGUUUCUUGCUUCUUUGUUCAGCGCUUCCUUAAGCACGAUUUCAUCAGGACUAAGUUCCCUAAGCGCCCAAACAGUUGAAGAUUUCAUCAAACCGCGGUAUAAGGAUAUGCCUGAUCGUAAAGCGACGGCCAUAGCCAAGGUAUCAGUUUUAUUAUAUGGAGGACUUUCUCUCACCAUCACAGCUAUGAUAGCCAAAGUACCCGGAUCUUUGAGCCAGAUAAGCGGGUCAGUACUUACCUGUUUUGGUGGUCCAAUCUCCGGGAUGUUUUUCCUCUCCAUUUUUUGUCCGUGGGCUACCAAAAAGGGUUUCGUGAUUGGAGGAGUAACUUCAAUGUUAUUUCUUCUCUGGUUAUCCCUCGGGUUAAACUUCUUCACGACUUUACCAAGUCAGCCUUGGUUACCACCUAAUCCCACCGACAAUUGUUUUACGGACUCAAUCUUUGAAAAUGCUACCGCCUUGGGAAAUGCGUCAAGUGACAUUUCCUCACGGAUUGCAACAUACCACAGGGAAAUGGACAAUUUCAAUGCAAUAGAACCACAAGGCCUGGACAAACUGUAUUCUGUCUCGUUUCGCUGGUUUGGAGCCAUAGGUGUCAUGACGACUAUUGUUGUGGGAGCCUUUGUGAGUUAUCUUACAGAUCAUCCAUCUAUGGACGAGGUGGAUGUGAGAUACAUAUUACCUUUGGGUGACCAGCUGUUUCCAUAUCUACCAAAGAAAGCUCGUCGAUAUCUGGAGUUUGGGGUCAAUUUCGGAAAGAGAAGACGAUGGUUAGAGCAACAAGAUGUCGAAAGCACGAGACCAACUGAUCUAUAUGAAAAUAUAGAUGUGGAACAAGUCGAAAUGAAUGAUAAUGGUAGUUUAUCUACCAGGACUGGGGAUGCUACACACACUCGUUUCAAUGAUGUAAAUGACGUUAGUAAAGAUCAAACUACUGGAAGAACUGGGGACAAUACAAAAUUGUAAUGUCAUUAAAAAUGUUAUUAGUUACUGCUAUAUGCAGGUAGACAAUUUGGUUUUAGUAUA